UGUGUGUGUGGUGGGGGGCAUUUUAAAGUGUGUUGAAUAUGAUAGUGAAUGAAUUGUCUUUGAAAGGCCUAAUGGUUUAAGUUGGCGUGCGGGUAAUUUGCAGUAAUCUCUGACAUGAUUACCCCACCCAAUUAGCCAUGUACAUAGGAUGUCAGUUCAUGUUCAGCCCUAAAAGCCCUAAAAGUUAAAUCCAACAUUUCUGUUAUUAUGAAUCGUAAUUUGCAACCUUGUAUUUAAAAUACAAAAAUGUUCCUUAAAUAAACUAUUGAUGGCCUAUUGCAACCCCCAUUGGCCACUGCAUUAUCACGAGGGUUAACCAGCGUUAACUCAGUGUUCCAUGCUCUAUGCAGCUUCUUUAGGUCUUGUCCUUCCAUUCAUCUGCUCACACAGAUGUUGUGCUAGCUAGCCAGCUAGCCAACUUCUACCGAAUAGCAGCACUGUAGAAACUAUUACACUACAACGGAACGACUUGAUUAGUGUAGUGUUAGCUAGCUACAUAGUUGUCUUUGCUGUCUUUGUAUCUAAGAUAAUUGUGUAGUUUAGAGUAAUUUCGAGGUUACCUAGCCAGCUAUCGAGGUUACCUAGCCAGCUACACUUUCAAACAAAGUCAACAACGCAGCCACUGCUAGCUAGCCUACUUCACCAGUCAGCAGUACUGUAUCAUUUUAAUCAUUUUAGUCAAUAAGAUUUUUGCAACGUAAAGCUUAACUUUCUGAACAUUCGAGACGUGUAGUCCACUUGUCAUUCCAAUCUCCUUUGCAUUAGCGUAGCCUCUUCUGUAGCCUGUCAACUAUGUGUCUGUCUAUCCCUGUUCUCUCCUCUCUGCACAGACCAUACAAACGCUUCACACCGCGUGGCCGUGGCCACCCUAACCUGGUGGUCCCAGCGCGCACAACCCACGUGGAGUUCCAGGUCUCCGGCAGCCUCUGGAACUGCCGAUCUGCGGCCAACAAGGCAGAGUUCAUCUCAGCCUAUGCUUCCCUCCAGUCCCUCGACUUCUUGGCACUGACGGAAACAUGGAUCACCACAGAUAACACUGCUACUCCUACUGCUCUCUCCUCGUCUGCCCACAUGUUCUCGCACACCCCGAGAGCUUCUGGUCAGCGGGGUGGUGGCACCGGGAUCCUCAUCUCUCCAAAGUGGUCACUUUCUCUUUCUCCCCUUACCCAUCUGUCUAUCGCCUCCUUUGAAUUCCAUGCUGUCACAGUUACCAGCCCUUUCAAGCUUAACAUCCUUAUCAUUUAUCGCCCUCCAGGUUCCCUUGGAGAGUUCAUCAAUGAGCUUGAUACCUUGAUAAGCUCCUUUCCUGAGGACGGCUCACCUCUCACAGUUCUGGGUGACUUUAACCUCCCCACGUCUACCUUUGACUCAUUCCUCUCUGCCUCCUUCUUUCCACUCCUCUCCUCUUUUGACCUCACCCUCUCACCUUCCCCCCUACUCACAAGGCAGGCAAUACACUUGACCUCAUCUUUACUAGAUGCUGUUCUUCCACUAACCUCAUUGCAACUCCCCUCCUAGUCUCCGACCACUACCUUGUAUCCCUUUCCCUCUCGCUCUCAUCCAACACUUCCCACACUGCCCCUACUCGGAUGGUAUCGCGCCGUCCCAACCUUCGCUCUCUCUCCCCCGCUACUCUUUCCUCUUCCAUCCUAUCAUCUCUUCCCUCUGCUCAAACCUUCUCCAACCUAUCUCCUGAUUCUGCCUCCUCAACCCUCCUCUCCUCCCUUUCUGCAUCCUUUGACUCUCUAUGUCCCCUAUCCUCCAGGCUGGCUCGGUCCUCCCCUCCUGCUCCGUGGCUCGACGACUCAUUGCGAGCUCACUGAACAGGGCUCCGGGCAGCCAAGCGGAAAUGGAGGAAAACUCGCCUCCCUGCGGACCUGGCAUCCUUUCACUCCCUCCUCUCUACAUUUUCCUCUUCUGUCUCUGCUGCUAAAGCCACUUUCUACCACUCUAAAUUCCAAGCAUCUGCCUCUAACCCUAGGAAGCUCUUUGCCACCUUCUCCUCCCUCCUGAAUCCUCCCACCCCCCCCUCCUCCCUCUCUGCAGAUGACUUCGUCAACCAUUUUGGAAAGAAGGUUGACGACAUCCGAUCCUCGUUUGCUAAGUCAAACGACACCGCUGGUUCUGCUCACACUGCCCUACCCUGUGCUCUGACCUCUUUCUCACCUCUCUCUCCAGAUUAAAUCUCGCGUCUUGUGACGGCCGGCCGCCCAACAACCUGCCCGCUUGACCCUAUCCCCUCCUCUCUUCUCCAGACCAUUUCCGGAGACCUUCUCCCUUACCUCACCUCGCUCAUCAACUCAUCCUUGACCGCUGGCUACGUCCCUUGCGUCUUCAAGAGAGCGAGAGUUGCACCCCUUCUGAAAAAACCUACACUCGAUCCCUCCGAUGUCAACAACUACAGACCAAUAUCCCUUCUUUCUUUUCUCUCCAAAACUCUUGAAUGUGCCGUCCUUGGCCAGCUCUCCUGCUAUCUCUCUCAGAAUGACCUUCUUGAUCCAAAUCAGUCAGGUUUCAAGACUAGUCAUUCAACUGAGACUGCUCUUCUCUGUGUCACGGAGGCGCUCCGCACUGCUAAAGCUAACUCUCUCUCCUCUGCUCUCAUCCUUCUAGACCUAUCGGCUGCCUUUGAUACUGUGAACCAUCAGAUCCUCCUCUCCACCCUCUCCGAGUUGGGCAUCUCCGGCGCGGCCCACGCUUGGAUUGCGUCCUACCUGACAGGUCGCUCCUACCAGGUGGCGAAUCGCAUCUCUGCAUGUCUGGCAGACAUAUCAGUGUGGAUGACGGAUCACCACCUCAAGCUGAACCUCGGCAAGACGGAGCUGCUCUUCCUCCCGGGGAGGGACUGCCCGUUCCAUGAUCUCGCCAUCACGGUUGACAACUCCAUUGUGUCCUCCUCCCAGAGAGGUAAGAACCUUGGCGUGAUCCUGGACAACACCCUGUCGUUCUCAACUAACAUCAAGGCGGUGGCCCGUUCCUGUAGGUUCAUGCUCUACAACAUCCGCAGAGUACGACCCUGCCUCACACAGGAAGCGGCGCAGGUCCUAAUCCAGGCACUUGUCAUCUCCCGUCUGGAUUACUGCAACUCGCUGUUGGCUGGGCUCCCUGCCUGUGCCAUUAAACCCCUACAACUCAUCCAGAAUGCCGCAGCCCGUCUGGUGUUCAACCUUCCCAAGUUCUCUCACGUCACCCCGCUCCUCCGCUCUCUCCACUGGCUUCCAGUUGAAGCUCGCAUCCGCUACAAGACCAUGGUGCUUGCCUACGGAGCUGUGAGGGGAACGGCACCUCAGUACCUUCAGGCUCUGAUCAGGCCCUACACCCAAACAAGGGCACUGCGUUCAUCCACCUCUGGCCUGCUCGCCUCCCUACCACUGAGGAAGUACAGUUCCCGCUCAGCCCAGUCAAAACUGUUCGCUGCUCUGGCACCCCAAUGGUGGAACAAACUCCCUCACAACGCCAGGACAGCGGAGUCAAUCACCACCUUCCGGAGACACCUGAAACCCCACCUCUUUAAGGAAUACCUAGGAUAGGAUAAAGUAAUCCUUCUGAUCCCCCCCCCCCUUAAAAGAUUUAGAUGCACUAUUGUAAAGUGGCUGUUCCACUAGAUGUCAUAAGGUGAAUGCACCAAUUUGUAAGUCGCUCUGGAUAAGAGCGUCUGCUAAAUGACUUAAAUGUAAAUGUAAAUGUGUGUAUUAGUCUCAUCUCUGUCUGAACAUUGACCUACAGUAUAAUAGCUCCACACUUGAUUGAGGAAAAAGACAAUAGGAACCCCAUUUACAACAGCUAUAUGAUCUGGAAGCAUCAUUUCCCACGCAUCCAGCUAAAAGUCAGGCAGAUUAACAACAAUACUAAUUUCACCACUUUUUCAUCAAAGAAUAACAGUUCUCUGCACAGGUAUUACGGAUGAAGUAUAUUUACAGCACAGGAAAAGUAGUAAACAUCUUAUGGCAAUGUGGAUUAUCAUCCUUUCUUGUCAUUACUGUUGUUACAGUGUCAAAAGAAUGUCUAAAGUAUCCGUAUACAUACCAAUAUCCUGUCAGUCAAUAAUGUAUUUUGUGGGAGUAUAGUGUCAUCCUGACCGCUGUGCUCUCAAAGCUUCAGGGUGGUUGUACGAGGCUAGUAUACUGUACGUUCACAUUAGUGAUCUUUUAGCUAAAACCAUGGUAAAUAUAGAUUUUAAAUAAUGUUAAUAGGAAGUUCAUAGUAUCUGUUUAUUAAAUUGAAGCGCUUGAUCAACAUAGAUCAAUCAGCUAGUGAUGCUCUUUUUGUGGUUUGGACCUGUUCUCAAACACACAGAUUGUUAUAUGCCACUGGUUGAACACACCACUAUCACACAGUGGGGAGUCAAAAGGAAAGACCAUAGGAGAAAAGAGAUGCACGUGAAUUUGUGUCUAAUUUAUGCCCAGAUUGUCAAGCAAGACAAGAGUUCACAUUCUGAACAUGAAUCACUGAAACAUUUCCUUAAUCUCCUAAACAGGCCUUGAAAUAUGUCAAUUAUAUUUUCAACCUGAAAAUGGUUUGUGAUUAGAUUAGGAGAGCAGGUUAGGAGAGCAGUUUAGCUAAUGCAAUUAAAAUCGAAUGACUGCCUUAAUUUCACUGGACCCCAGGAAGAGUAGCUAUUACCUUGGCAGGAACUAAUGGAGAUCCAUAAUAAAUACAAAUACAAACCCUAUGUUACAUGUGCUCCUGCCACGCCCUCUACUGCUCAUCCUGUGUCUCCUUGACCUGCCACCACUCCCCCAGCGCUCUCUCCCUCUCCCUCUCCCUCUCUCUCUCUGUGUGUGAUUGUGUGGGCGGAGACAGGUGUGUUGGAGUCAGAGCAGAUCCCCACCAGAUGCAAACUGUUCCAUAAUCAAGACCUCUACAAAUACACAGUCCUGCCACUCCCACACUGCCAGAUCGUAAUCUCUGCUCAGUCAGUCUACGUUUCUAGCCGUUUGUUACUAUUUAGAUCCUGUUAUCCCUGUUUUCCUUGCCUGACACAGUUUUCCUCUCCGCUACAGUUCUGCCCGCUCUGACUCUGGUCCCUGUCUCCAGUCCCAUAUGGAUUCCCCUCCUGGAUUCCCCUCCUGCUUACCCUGUCCCAACCCCUCCCACUCCAGCCUCAGCCUCCGCACCUGGUUUUCUGCAACCCGCCUGAGCUUCCCCUGGCCUGCACUCCAUCUUCCCUCUGUGUUUCAAUAAAUACCUUGGUUACUUCAUCCCAGUCUCCUUGUCUGAGUCUGCUCUUGGGUUUCCCUGUUCCACUCAGUGUAACACCAUAACCCUUUUCCUAACCUCAGAGCGAACACAAUCUGGAACACACGUGGCAUUCAUAGGACCGUUACCCGUGUCAGGCUGGUUCUGCGGCGCCUGGAGGAUACAGGACUCGAUCUCCCAGGCAACGGCGGCAACAAUGCAGGUGGAUGGCACAAUGGCUUCUGGCUCGGUACCUGUGUUGUCGGUGGUGAACUGGCGGGAGAGGGUAUCAGGCUUGGUAUUCUUUGAACCGGGGUGAUCAGUGAGUGUGAAAUUGAAUCUACCGAAGAACAAGGCCCACCUGGAAUUCCAGGAGUUCAGACGUUUGGCGGUCUGGAUGUAGGGCAGGUUUUUAUGGUCAGUCCACACGAUGAAGGGGAGGACAGAGCCCUCCAGCCAGUGACGCCAUUCCGCAAGAGCCAGCUUAACUGCCAGGAGUUCCCGGUUUCCGAUGUCAAAAUUUCUCUCUGCAGGUGAGAGCUUACGGGAAAGGAAUGCAAAUGGGUGGACCUUCUGAUCAGAGGGGUAAUGUUGAGACAGAACAGCACCUACCCCGGUGUCAGAGGCAUCCACCUCCACAAUGAACUGAAGUUCUGGGUCAGGCUGAGUAAGGACCGGAGCGGAGGUGAUGUGACGCUUGUGUUCCAGGAAUGCUGCCUCUGCCUCAGGAGUCCAGUGGAACGGAGUGGAGGUGGAGGUGAGAGUGGUGAGAGGUGCAGCCAGACGGCUGUAGUUGUGGAUGAAACGUCUGUAAAAAUGUGCAAACCCCAGGAAACGCUGUAGCUGCUUCAGGUUGGAGGGCGCAGGCCACUCUGUGACUGUCAUGACCUUGGCGGGGUCCAUACGUAACAGUCCCUGUGCAAUAAUAUAACCCAGGAAUGACACUGAGGCAGCAUGGAACUCACAUUUUUUGGCUUUAACAAAAAGCUUAUUCUCCAACAGCCGUUGAAGAAUUUGGCGAACGUGUUUCUUGUGAGCCUCAUGGUCCUUGGAAAAAAUCAGGAUGUCGUCUAAAUAGACAAAAAUGAAGCGUCCAAUCACAUCCCUCAGCAUGUCAUUGACUAGGUUCUGGAAAACAGCAGGGGCGUUAGUAAGACCAAAAGGCAAGACCAAAUACUCAAAGUGUGGUGUGUUGAACGCAGUCUUCCACUCGUCCCCCUCUCAUGCGGACAAGGUGGUAGGCAUUCCGGAGGUCGAGCUUGGUAAACACCGUGGCACCAUGGAGGGGGCCAAAAGCAGAGCUGAUGAGUGGCAAGGGGUACUUGUUCUUUACUGUGAUAUUAUUCAGCCCACUGAAGUCUAUGCACAGCCUCAGUGACCCAUCCUUCUUCUUCACGAAGGAAAACCCUGCACCCAUCGGGGAGGAAGAUGGCUUGAUAAGUCCUGCAGCCAGAGAAUCCUGGAUGUACCUCUCCAUAGCCUCUUGCUCGGGGCGAGAGAGGUUAAAUAACCGGCUACUGAGAAGAGGAGCUCCAGGCUGGAGGUCAAUGGAGCAGUCAUACGGCCGGUGAGGCGGCAGCGACAGGGCGCGGUGCUUGCUGAACACAAGAUCUAGAUCGCAAAACUCUGGAGGAACUGAUAACAGGUCUGGAGGUUCUGGAAUGAACUGGGGCACAGACAAGGCAGGGCAAGGGAAGAAUGUAGACAAUUGAACUCCAAGUGGUUGCCUUUCCAGCGGUCCAGUCAAUUUGUGGGUUGUGUAGCUUUAACCAUGGAUGUCCAAGAACCAGGCAGUAAGUACAGUCGAUUAUGUGGAAACGGAUCUUUUCCUGGUGGUUUCCAGAGAGACGCAGGAUGACAGGGACGGUUCUCUCACAGACACGGGCAAGGAGCUGUCCAUUGAGAGCGUUGGCAUCGAGGGGUGAAUCGAGUGGGACAGUGUCCAAGCCCAACUGGGUACCGAGACCUUGGUCCAGGAAGCUCCCGUUGGCUCUCGAAUCGAUGAGAGCAGACAGAGGAAAAGCCUGGCUCUGCCACACAAGGUUGCCUUCAAGCAGGGGUCGGGGAGAAGAUGGGCAGGCGAUUUGGCUCAACAGUAUAUCCCCCAUUACUGCCGAGCCCCCUCUUUUGCUGGACGCAGGGAACAAGUGGAAACAAAGUGACCAAACUGGCCACAGUAUAGGCAGCUCCUAGCGGCGAUUCGCACGCUGCCUCUCCUCUGGAGAGAGACGGGCCCGGACGAGCUGCAUGGGUUCAGGAUUAGGAAGAGCCUAGGUAAGGGAUGCAGUCGGAGAAGGAGGACAAGGCGCUGAAGCAGAUGUUAUGGUACAUGCAACCCUACCUACUCUCUCCCUCCGAUGCUCCCGGAGACGGUUGUUGAUGCAGAUGGUGAGAGAGAUGAGUUCAUUGAGUCCAUCAGGCUCAUCCCUGGACACCAACUCCUCCUUGAUGGUCUCAGUGAGCGUGUUCUGGAAUGCUCUCUGAAGGGCCUCCUCAUUCCAGCCGAUCUCAGCGGCAAGGGUAAGAAACUCACAUCCAUCCUACCUUCCAUGUAUCCCUGAUUAAACAUGUCUGCUCUCAUCCCGUCUCCUCCUGCAGCAGCUCCUCCACCCCCUCGGCUCAUCAAUGACCACCCUGCCUAUACCGUCCGGUGGCUUUUGGAUGUGCGCCAUCAGGGUCGCGGCUGACAGUACCUGGUGGACUGGGAAGGAUACGGGCAGGAGGAGUGCUGCUGGGUGCCCCGCCAUCACAUUCUGGACCCCUCCCUCUUAUGUGAUUUCUAUCCCUCACACCCAGAUAAGCCUGGUCGGGCGUGUAGAGGGGGGUACUGUUACAUCUGCUCCUGCCACACCCUCUACUGCUCAUCCUGUGUCUCCUUGACCUGCCGCCACUCCCCCAGUACUCUUUCCCUCUCACUCUCUCUCUGUGUGUGUGAUUGUGUGGUCAGAGACAGGUGUGCUGGAGUCAGAGCAGAUCCCCACCAGCUGCAACCUGUUCCAUAAUCAAGACCUCUACAAAUACUCAGUCCUGCCACUUCCACACUGCCAGAUCGUAAUCUCUGCUCAGUCAGUAUAUGUUUCUAGCCCUUUGUUACUAUUUAGAUCCUGUUAUGCUGUUGUGCCUGUUUUCCUUGCCUGACAUGGUUUUCCUCUCCGCUACAAUUCUUCCCACUCUGACUCUGGUCCCUGUCUCCAGUCCCACGUCUCCUCAUCCUGCUACUCUGCCCUGGAUUCCCCACUCUACAGCUCCCUUGGAUUCACCUCCGGACCUGCUUACCCUGUCCCAACCCCUCCCGCUCCAGCCUCAGCCUCCGCACCUGGUUUCCUGCAACCCACCCGAGCUCCCCCUGGCCUGCACUCCAUCUUCCCCCUGUGUUUCAAUAAAUACCUUGGUUACUUCA